CUCAAGGAUGACAUGGAAUUUUUAAGUAACGCUCACCGCUGUACGUUAUAAAAAUACGUUAAGACCGUAAUAAUAUCUGAUUCAAAGCAUUGAUAUCAAUGUGAUAGUUUCAGAUCUAAUAUGAAAGUAUUUGUUCUAUAUCUGGUAUUGAAAUACUUCUAAAAAAUAUAAAUAAAGUCUUUUUAAAUUUCGAAAAAAAAGUGUAUCCUAUCUGGCAUGACCGAAAAAACAAAACAAUACAAGUUGGCUGUUUUUUGUUAAAUUCAAGGACUGUAACCAGCGUCAACAAUAUGGCGGAUAGAAGAAAAAACCUUACCGGACAAACUGUUGAGAUCGCACAGGAAUCUGAGCGACAAUUCAUGGAGAAACACAAUGUGUCUUCAAUGUUGAAAGAUGUUGUCACCAAACUUCUGGCUAACAGACCAGUGGAUCCUUUGAGUUUUUUAGCCAAUUAUUUUAGAAGCAGUAGCUCUGACUACAGGAUUGAUGACAUUGUAAUGAAAGCUGUACAGACCUUGACCUCAACACAUUACAGUCGUCCAGUAUUUGAAACAAAUCUUAUUACAGCAUUUCAACUUCUCAGCAAUUCAAAACUUUCAAAGAGACUUCGUGGAAUGAAUGGAGCAAUCCAUAAACAAGUACUGCAAGCUUUGUGCAAAGAUGUGCCUGCCCCUGUACAAGAAAAAUUGUUGAAAAAAAUUGAGUGCUUUGAUCAUGAAGCAAUUUCUUUUUCUAUAUUUAGAUCUACUGUCUUUACUUGUUUUGUUCUUAACGAUUUUCUGACGUUAUCCAAGAGUCUCUAUACUACAUUAGAUCUUCAGAGAAAUGGCAAAGCUCAGAAAACUCUGUGCCAAACCAGCUUACAACAACUUCGAGAAUCUUUGUCUAACUCAAAGAAAGAUGUGCAUAGAAUUAUGGAAUCAAGUUAUAACCUUGGACCAGACACAUUAUACAGUGUAAUAGACAAGGCCAUGUCAGAAAACACAAGUCAGGGGGAAUAUUACAGCCAUGAUCAAUUUGUAAUUGAAGCGUCAGACAUAUUCCUUUCAAAGGUCAAACAAUUGCACUAGCAAAAUUUUAGAGAAAAUUCAAGAAUUGAUGCCAGACAAUUGUAGAAAGCGAGAUUGUCAAGCUAUGUAAAGUAAGAAGUCAAGAUCUUACAGUGGCUGCAGCUAAAGGAAAUAUGAAUUCCUAAUACUGGACUGUGAUUGCUGAUAAUGUAAAUUAAAAAAGUAAAAAUCUUUUUUUUUUUUUUCUCCAUUAGAUGUCACCUGGCACAUCAUUAAAUGUUACCUGGUUAUUUGUUUUCACUUUGAGCAUGACUUAAAACAUGUACCUGAUGUUGAUAAUAUUGUAAUUACCAGUAUUGAAUAGUUUAGGUUACACAC